CUUCCUCAUCCGCUUGCUGCUUCAUCGUCGCUAGUAACAGUUGUUUACACUGCCUACAUACGCUGUGGAAGAUGACAUUUCAAGCCGGUACUUAUUGACGGAGGAAUAAAGUUAUGACAUAGCAUUUAACAAGUCGUAACGUUAGAGGAACUGGAUUCGGUGAAUAAAAAGAUUUCAUUCAUCUGCUCCAGCCAAGACAAAUGGACAAGACUUCACAGCAAGCACAGGUGAUGUCGGAGCAGCAACUGUCUCCAAACACAAGAAGGAGUUUCAGCUUCUCAUCUCUCCGUAUAAAAAAAAGGCACAACAGUAAUGAAGAGGGCGGAUUUACACGGCGGAGAGGGUUGUUUUCUUUUUCAUCAGUACGGGAGACAUCGACAAAGGAGUCAGUCCCAGAUGAAGAUGGUGCCUCACAGCAUUACUUUCCUCAGGACCUGGGGAAGAACACAGGUGAGCAGCCCAAAGCUAACCAUACCUCUGACGUGGCUGGUAAACACCGUAAGUACAGGAGCUGGAGGACCAAGGCGAUCCCAUCCGGACACGAUGAAGGCGGACAACAAGGAGCCUUCAAGCGCUUCACUGCCAGGUUUCCCUCCUUCCGCAAAGGCAAAAGAGACAAAGUCAAAGACUUUGAGCCGACGGAGCCGCCGGGCCCGGCGGUGGCAGACGACGCGUCCAGGCAGCACCGCUACGCCAGCGGUCAGUACUUCUUUGAGUAUCUGGUGGUGGUCAGCCUCAAGAAGCCCAAAGCCGGCAGCAGCUACGAACCUCAGAUCACCUACCAGUUUCCCAAGAGAGAUGGGAUGGCGAAAUUUCAGAAGGAGGAGGAGGAGAAGACACUAAAGGCGCUCACCCUCUUCUGUUUCCCAGAGGGCAUCAACUGGGCUCCUUUGACAGAAUAUCACAGUGAGACUUUCUCCUUCGUUCUGACGGAGGUCGACGGCAGCAGAAGAAACGGAUACUGCCGGAGGUUACUGCCGGGAGGGAAAGGAGCGCGGCCCCCCGAGGCUUACUGCAUCAUCAGCACCCUGGCUUGUUUCGGCCUCUUCUCCAAGAUAUUUGACGAGGUGGAGAAGCGGCGGCAGAUCUCCAUGGCGAUGAUCUACCCAUUCAUGCAGAAGCUGAGGGAGGCUCAGUUUCCCGCUCCGGGAAACACAGUGGAGAUUAAGAGCUUCAUUCCUGGGUCGGGCACUGAGAUCAUCAGUCUGACCCGGCCGCUGGAUUCCUGGCUGGAGCACGUGAACUUCGCCACGCUCUUCGGCUGCCUGACCGACACAGAGGUUUUACUGGUGUUUGCUUCCGCCAUCUUGGAGAGACGGAUCGUCUUCAUCGCCGAUGAGCUGGGCACAUUAUCCCAAGUCAUUCAUGCAGUAGCAGCCCUGCUUUACCCCUUCACCUGGCAGCACACCUUGAUCUCCAUCGUUCCAGAGAUCCUGAUCGACGUAGUGAUGGCACCCACGCCCUACCUGCUGGGGGUCCAGAAGCGCCUGCUGGACCAGGUCACCGACCAGAGUGACCUGCUGUUGGUCGACUUGUCGGAUGAUAAAAAGGAGACAUUUAUUGUUUCAAUUGGUGACGAAAGCUCUAUUCUGCCCCCGAAGCUCCAAACUGAAAUACUAGAGGAACUAAGUAACAGACAAAAAGUAUUAACGGUGGAGGAGAUGAACCGGGUGGUGUCGGAAGCCUUCCUGCACUUCUUUGUGAAAACGGUCGGCCAUUACUCGUCGUAUGUGAAAUGCAGCCGUGCCGGAGAGCGGGGGGUGUUUGAAAAGAGAAGUUUCUACAAGGCCAUCGAUUCCAAGACCACGCGGCACUUCGUCAAGAAGUUCAUCCAGACGCAGAUGUUUGACCUGUUCAUCCAGGAGGUGGAGCAGCAGCAGGCUGGACCGCAGCAAGGAAUAUUUCACAAAAAGAUCCUCGAAUACCAAGAGAAGACGAGAAAGGACAAGGCAAAGAAACACUAGCUGUCAGCGUGUGUGUAUAUAUACAGUUAAAGGAGUCCAUAGGACAAGAUGUGAAUGUAGCACUGUGUGUUUUAUGCCCCGUGUCAGUUUUGGUUUUAAAGGCAGGGUUGAUAACUAUUUCCGGUAUACACUUUUUUUUUUUAUAUAUUGUUUGAAAUGGUCUUCGCACCCCGACAGCAAUAAAUAACUUCUGGGAUCUGAAAAAAGAACGAUAAACAUCCGUCGUCUGUAACACUGUAACAACGCCCACCAAUCACUGCCUCGCCGCCGCGGUCCGCUUGGGCGGGGCAAGGAGGCGUUUUUUAUUUUAAACCUUUAUUUAUUCAGGGUAGGUUCACUGUGGGGCAGCCUCUCUUCUGCAGGAAUGACCUGAUCCCAUUCACACAGCUCCACAUUCAUACCUGGAAGCAGCAACCAGUACAACCACAGUCUGAUCUGCUGGCCACUGAGCAGCUCACACUGGAGUGGUUGGAGGUUAAGUGCCUUGCUCAAGGGCACCUCAGUGGUGGUAAUGAGGGAGGGGACAAGCUGUGCUCUUUCACUUUUCCCCACCCAGAUUAUAUCCUGUUGGUCUGGGGAUUGAACCGAGCGAUAUAAUAUUUAGUUCUGUUAAAUAUAAUCCUAUAGGUCUGGUAUAUUGAAGCUGUCUCUUGAGUGCCGUAACGUCUGCCGUUUUGGACGGUAUUAUUAAUAUAGGCAGUCAGGUUUCCCUGCACUGUGCGAGAACAGGCUGAAAUUAUAAUUCAGUUUGCAGCAAUCCACCAGCGUCGUGUUUGUUUUCAACAUUCGGUAGGAUUAUAUUAGGUGUUUGCCUACCGUUGUAUGAGACAGGAAGUGAAACUGCGUUCCUCUCUCAGCUGUGCUCCGAAGCAGCCCCGAGAGCAUGGGUGAGGAGUUAGACGGAGCCCCGACGAGAUGCUACUUUUGAAAUCUUGCUGGCUUUUUAACAUUACCAAGCCUGCCUUUAAACAUGUGUGUACCAAUGUGUGAAUUGCUGUACGGCUAUGUUGGCUGCUACUCUGUGUAACACUGGCAGAAUGAGGGACUUGAGCAGGAAAAUCAUUUCAAAUAAAGACUAGUUUUUGAA